GCGAAGCUAUCGCGCCACUCGGCACGCUUUGUUUGCUCGUUUCUCUCGCUUGUAUUUAAUUUUUAUUGUAUCGAGACUAAGAGAAAUCGUGAUGCGUCGAAUCGCAAGAGUGGAUAGAAUUUUUUUUUAGUUGAUUUUCAUCCGAUUUAUCUGAUUGGUUGUUAUAAGAGUGAUUUAUGAGUGAUAAUGGAGGGUCAAGUGCAGAUGUGCGUAUGUAGGUGUUGAUUCGAAGCAAACGAAAACAGGGGCUUCAGAGUCAAAAAAUAUCCACCCGCAAGUAAUCGAACGCUUCAAAAGUCUGUGAAGUAAUAUAAGAAGCCUCAACAUUUUUGGGAACCUCGUCUUUUCAUGAAGUUGGAGAACUUGACUGACCAAGAAAAACAAAGUGCAAACAAUUCAUCCUAAGCUGGAGCAAGUAAAUCUGAUGGAAAAUCCAUGUCAUCCGUCAAAGGCAGAUUUAGUUUUUCAAAAGAUGAUGGGGACGAGCUACAGUCCAGUCUCCGGUUAUUGUUCAAUGGUCAAGACUCUAAUCACUCCAACAAUCCUACCGACAAUAUGGACUUUCACCAGAUUAAAGGAACAAGUGAUUUCGGAUCCAGUUGGCUAACCAGCAAUACAGGUGCAGUUAAUGUUAAAGUGCUGUUGGUUUUUGCUCAAGAUGAUAGACAGUCGGACAUAUUAGUUCAAACAUGCGAAAAGCUGGGCUGGCAUGUUUCAGAGGCACGAAACGCGGACGAGGCUCUUGAACUCUUCCAAACUCAUUAUCAUGACAUUGUAAUUAUUGACCGAAGGGGAGUGCAACGUCAGCAGGCUGACGAUAUAUGCAGAACUUUACAAAAUACACAUAAUCAUCGUACAUCGGUAAUUAUAGCGCUUGUUAAACGAUCGUUUUUCACUGAAUCUAAUCAAGAUGAGUGUACCACGUUGCAAGUACUCGAUGCUGGCUUCAAUAGAGCUCUUAUAGAAUGCUCGAAUCAGAAAAUUUUGAUAAAUGAGCUCAUCGGAAUCCACGCCAACGAAGUACAAGCAAAAUUACAACUAGCCACGGCCCAUUCUCUGUACUUGGCUGUUCACAGAUGUCGAGACAUGAUUCACGUGACUAACGAUCGACAUGUAAUUCAGUUUGCCAAUGAAGUAACCGAAAAAUUAUUAGGAUAUAAACUGGAUGAAGUAAUUAAUAAAAACCUUAACGAAAUCAUUACCUGCGAAAAUUUUAACCUCAUGAAUCAGUUAUUACAAAAGGGUCUAGAAUCAUACGGAAACAUGAACUGCAAGAGAAAAUUUAAUGGCCCUAUAACGAUAAGCUCGAGAAUCAUUCCUUUUUGUACCCAUGGCAGGCGACCCACUCAUUAUAUUUACAUUUACGAUACGACAUAUUUGUUAGAAAAUAUAGAAGAAAUAGAAAAAAUAAAAUGCGGGUGGCCACAUACAGUCAGCCACUUACAUCCAAGGGGAAGUGCACAUUCUUCGCGCUCAUUCGAUGUUGGAUCGGUUAAUAGUGAUCUGCAAAGGAGGUGCAGUAUUGCGAAGUUACAUAAUUUACCCAUUGAAGCCCCAAUCACGAAAGUUAUAACUCUUUUAACAUCUGCGAUGAUGGAUGCUGCCCUUCCAGAAGUGGUGAACCAAAUAAACAAAGCCAUCGAGAUAUUAAAAACGACAGAGCUGUUCGCACCUUACGUCAAAGAGUCCGGCGACCUCACCAACGAUCCCAUCACUUCGGAUCUCAUUGGAGCACUCAUUUCGGCACCUUUAUACGCUCGGGACUCGCGGAGAUCAUCCAACGAUUCGGUAGGACGUGUUCAAAGAAUACUGCGCCAACAAUCGCCUAAGCCGACGUCUAGGAGUCAAAGAGGUCCCCGGGAAAUCGAACUACUGUUGGAGAAUAGUUUGAGCUGGGAAUUCGACAUAUUCAAGCUCGAAAUGUUGUCCGAAAAAAGGUCUCUUUUUUAUCUUGGCAUGCACAUCAUGAACCUGUACGGUGUACCUGCUCAACUAAAGUGCGAGGAACGUGUUUUGCUGAAUUGGCUCACGGUUAUAGAGGGCAGUUACAAUGUUCAAAACAGUUACCACAAUUCAACCCACGCGGCUGAUGUAUUGCAAGCUACUGCGCGCUUCAUGAUGUCCGACAGACUAAAAUCUCUUUUGGGGCCCCUCGAUCAAGCUGCGGCGUUAAUUGCUGCUGCCACACAUGACGUGGAUCAUCCUGGCGUAACUAGUCAAUUUAUAUGUAAUGCAGGACAGAGGCUGGCCGUUUUAUACAACGAUAUUUCUGUACUCGAAUCUCACCACGCAGCUUUGACGUUUAAAUUAACUUUGGCCGACUCGGAGGUCAAUAUUUUUAAGGCAUUAGACAGGGAUACUUACAAAUCCAUCAGGCAAAACAUUAUUGAUAUGAUUUUAGCAACUGAUAUGACGAAGCAUUACGAGCACUUGGCAAAGUUCGUCAAUAUAUGCAGUGUGCAAUCCGAGGAAUCGAUGUCUGAGUUGUAUUCUGACGCAGUUGAUUCAUCACCGCUUUCGAUGGCGGAGAAUGUAACUUUGGUCAAAAGAAUGAUGAUAAAGUGUGCAGACGUUUCUAAUCCUGCACGACCUUUAAAACUUUGUAUUGAAUGGUCAAAACGAAUCGCUGAAGAAUACUUUAGACAAACUGAAGCAGAACAAGAAAGAAAUUUGCCUGUCACAAUGCCAACGUUUGAAAGAUCUUCAUGUUCUAUAGCCGCUUCUCAAAUUGGUUUCGUUGACUAUAUUGUUAGUGGUAUGAUGGAGGCUUGGGACGCAUUUAUCGAUUUACCAGAAAUUAUUAAGAAUAUAAGACAAAACUACGGAAUAUGGAAAGAACAUAGCAAAUCUGAAAUUUUUACUGUACAAGAUUGUGAAAGGCUGCAGCAGUCCUUGAAGUUACAUAUAUCUCAAUCCACUUAAAACAUAGAUUUCUUAAUAAAAUUAAUAUCAAUAUUUCUCAUCGUUUUUUUCAAAUAUCCCAUUCACA